CAAACGGGAUUAUAAUUAAAUAAGUAAAAUCCUUAAGCGGCAAUGAUUAGGUUCCGUAAAAGGUGUUAUAAAAAGAGAGUUAUGGUUUUGUUUUUUCUUACUCACAUACUCAUCAUCAAAGUUCUCUGAUAAUUCUAUUAAUAAUGGCGACAACCACAAGAGUGUUCUGCUUCGGGCUCGUGAUGGUUCUAAUGGGAUGUUGUUGCUCGGCAAAAAUCUACAAAGUGGGAGACUCGAAGGGAUGGACGACAGCGAAGCACGGUAGCUAUUAUGAAUGGGCUAGGCGUAAGGAAUUCCAAGUGGGGGAUUCUCUGAUGUUCGAAUACGAUGGCAACGUCAACGACGUCACUCAAGUUUCCACUCGUUUGGAAUACCAAUUCUGCAACUCCCUUUCUCCUAAAGCUGUCUACAGCACAGGCCACGAUGUCGUGACUCUCACGGAACAAGGUUAUCACUUCUUCAUCACCUCAAAUCGUUCUCAAUGCGUAGCCGGACAGAAACUCGUCGUUUUUGUCGUCCAUGACCAUCCUAUGAUUCCUCCACCACCGAGAAAGAUCCUUCCAUUCGGAAAAGAUUACAAGGUCGGUGACUCCAACGAAUGGAGGGUUCCUGAAGAGAGUGACUUCUAUUCCAAGUGGAGUGAGGAGAAACAGUUUCAUGUGGGAGACAAUCUUCUUUUCUACUACAACGACCAAGUCUAUGACCUCCUAGAAAUCAACAGUGAUCUUGAGUUCAAAUCUUGCGACACUACUUCUCCUGUUGCCGUGCACAAUGCGGGACAAGAUCUCAUAAGGCUAACGAAACCAGGAAUCCGCUAUUUUAUUACCUCAAAGAUUGGUCAUUGUGAGGCUGGGCUUAAGCUUCGAGUUGUGGUGCGACCACUAUCCAAAAAUGUUCCAAAGAAGACGCAGUUGUCACCUUUCGACCGUCUCAUCAAGUGGCUACACGAUUCCUUCACACCCCACCCCCAUCACUAAGAUUUCGUUUCUCUUUUUGUUUUGUUUUGUUUGAGCUUAGCUUCGUAGUAUUUUCUUUUCUCACUCGUUUUUGUUCUUUAUUUUAUUUUCCAAAUUGUGUGGGUUUCUACUUAUUCCUAUCGUUGUGGAGAGACUUGAUUCAAUAAAAAUAUGUUUCCUUAACCCUAGCUGUAUACACAUAAUAAUAGACUCAAUCGUUUCACCUCCAUAAUAAUAGAUUCUUUCGGAUUUUUCAAAUUUGGUAACGUUUAGGUGGGUUUAGAGCUACAACUCUUUACAACUCCAGAAGGGCAUUUCGGUCUAUCCAACAUGAGAAAGUGUAUGCCUCAGGCACCAUGUGUCCUUUAGUGAAAUUGAAAAGUGAGAAAAUGUCCUUAGCAUCAUUUUUUCUUUUAUUUUAGUUACAUUUUCGGUUAAAAUCUUGUAGUACUUUUUUGGGCCUAGCGUUACAAUGUGAAAUUCGCAUUUAGCACAUGAACCAGUCAUUUUCCCCAUACCCUCUGUCAGAGUUUAUCUAAUUAGACUUGUUUUCUUGUGAUAAAAACAUUCCUAAAAGGCUAAAACCAAUCAUAUUAUUAAAAAUUAUGAAAUAUAUGUCAACGUAAAAAUACAAAACUAAGAACCAUAAGACAUAAAUAGAGGUAAAGAGAAAAACAAAUAAAAUAGAGACUUUUACCAAAAAAAAAAAA